AACAAAAGCUUAAGAAGGAAAACAAAGCAAAAUGGGGUCUCAAAUCACUAUAUUGUUUAGUAAAAGGACCAAUGUGUCAAGUCCUAAAAAAAUAACCUUCGAUUUGCCCCAAAUCGUCUCUUCUCUCCCACUUUGAGCAAUGAUUGCGUUAUUCUGAUUCUUCCAAUUUCAUUGAAAAUAAAAUAAAAUUGUUGUGUAGAUUAUUCUCUAAUUUAGUAUUUAAUAUCCUCAGAUUCUCCUAAUUUGUGAAUGGAAAGAAUCUGAUAAUAAUCAUGAGGAAAAAACUUGAUACUCGCUUCCCUGCGGCCCGGAUCAAGAAAAUUAUGCAAGCUGAUGAGGAUGUUGGUAAGAUUGCAAUGGCAGUGCCUGUUCUAGUGUCAAAAGCCUUGGAGUUAUUUUUACAAGACCUUUGUGACCGGACAUAUGACAUAACUCUUAGAAGAGGAGCAAAGACUGUUAAUUCACUGCAUUUAAAGCACUGUGUACAAAGCUACAACGUGUUUGACUUUCUUCGGGAAGUUGUCAGCAAGGUUCCUGAUUAUGGCCAUUCUGAUGCUGCCGGUGAAAUGCCAAAAAGAAGGAAAGUUGCAACAGAAGAGCAUCAUGACAGUGAGGAUGAAUACAAAAGGAGCAGGACGGAGAUGUGUCAUGCUAGCAGUAGUGGUAGGGGAAGAGGUAGGGGUAGAGGAAGAGGUCGUGGUCGGGUAAACCGUGCUGAUAGGGAGCUCGCACGAUCUGAUAUGCAACUUGAAUCCUGCACAUCUGUUCCGCAGAGUGGUCAGCAAAAUCCAAAUCCUGUGACUCAGACAGAGAACUGCGUGGAACCAAAGGGAUCACCUAAACAGGAUUCCACUGCUUGUGACAAGGAAAGCUCAGUUAUAACUACUUCUAAUCUGAAGGUCAACAUAGAUGAUAAUGUUGAUAAACCAACUGUACCGGAAAUGGCAGCUUGCAAUCCAUCACCAAGGCCUGCCAAUGAGAAGGCGGAGGAAGGUCCCCAGUGGUCUCUCGAAAUGGAUAGAAUGGUCAUUGACCCUGCCCAUAUGUCACAACUAAAUUCAAGUGUGGCGGAGGAAGAAGAAGAUUAUGAUGAGGAAGAGUAGGCAGAUAAAAUAACAAACUGGCUUGUUUGGCGUAUGAUAUUUAUUGUUCUAGUGUCCUGUAGACCUUAGCAUAAAGUGCAUGAAUCCCUCUGCCUCCCUUUGUGAUUUAUUGCCAUAUUAAUGUCUAUUUCUUAGUUGUCUUUGUGACUCGAAUCUUGUAAUGGUCUCUAACCGUUCUCUCUUUUCAGUAGAAAUAAGUAGGAAGUGUGUUUAUUGCUCCAACCAGCACUCCAUGUAUCAGUUACUGUAUGAAAUAUGUCAAGAUGAUCUUGCUACUC